AUGACUCAAAUCAGAGGUACUGCAGGGUACAACCUGGGCAUGAACAAUCAAUUUGGGGGCUCAAGAAGUGACAAUGCGACGAACGACCCUAGUCCCCUUGAUCAGAUCAGACAGCAGACGAGCAAGAUUGAGGAUUUCUUGAACACAAUUGGAGAGCCACUAAGACCAUAUCUCCCAGCGAUAGGACGCUUCCUUAUUGUGGUAACGUUCAUUGAAGAUGCACUUCGAAUUAUUACACAAUGGAACGACCAGCUACUCUAUCUCAAGGAUUUCAGGCACAAAUAUGCCGUGGUUGGCCUGCUCGCAGUCGUCGUAAUUCAGGCUCUCGGAUAUGGCCUCAUCUUUGACCUAAACUUCUUCCUGCGAAAUCUGUCAGUCAUGGGUGGCCUCCUGAUGGUGCUCGGCGAUUCUGCCGUCAAGAAGAGCAGAGCGUUUGCAGGACUACCAAGCAUAGAUGAGAAGGACAAGAAGAUGUAUAUCCAGUUGGCUGGACGAAUUCUGCUGAUCUUCCUAUUCAUCGGAUUUGUUUUCGCGGGCGAGUGGGGUCUGGGUAGAGUCGUGGUCAGUCUUUUUGGCCUCGUUGCUUGUGUCAUGGUCGUGGUUGGCUUCAAGGCGAAGUUGAGUGCGGUCCUGUUGGUUGUUCUGUUGAGUGUUUUCAACAUUUUGGUCAACAACUUCUGGACGCUGCACCCUCAUCAUCCACACAAAGAUUUCGCCAAAUACGACUUCUUCCAGAUUCUAUCCAUCGUCGGCGGAUUGUUGCUGCUGGUCAAUAUGGGUCCAGGUCAAAUCAGCGUGGACGAAAAGAAAAAAGUUUACUAG